AUGGUCGAGUACAAUGUCGCAAAGGUUUCUGAUAUCGGAGACGGUCAAAUGAAAGAAUUUACUGUCGGUGGAAACAUUAAAAUUCUUUUAUCAAAAGUUAAUGGACAAAUAUACGCAACUUCUCAUAAAUGUACUCAUUAUGGAGCUCCUCUUGCUUCAGGAGUACUUUCAAGCGAUGGUCGCGUAACUUGGCAAGGAGAUAUUCAUUUUGAUCCUUGGCAUGGCGCUUGUUUCAAUAUUACUACCGGUGAUAUAGAGGAUGCUCCUGGAUUGGAUAAUAUUCAAAAAUAUAAGGUUACCAUAAAAAGUGAUGACAUCUACGUUGAAGCUGACGAAGAUACUUUUAAAAAUUCCAGAAGACCUCCAAAGUGUUCUUCUGGAGUACCGUUAAAUGAUCGCACCGUAAUAAUUAUCGGCGGUGGCGCUUCUGGAAACGCUGCAGCAGAGAAGCUUCGUGAAGAUGGAUAUAACGGAAAGAUUAUUAUUAUAAGCC